UCUUUUUUCUUUAUACGAGUUUCUUUGGGUAUAUUUUUCGUUGGGGUUUUUGGGACUGUUUGGUUGCUGGGAAAAUGCUGUGAUUGAAUCUGAAUCGGAAUCUGAAUCUGGGUUUUGCUUAUUUUUUUUUAAUCACUGCAAGUGUUUGAGCAAAUAUGGAUUAAACUAUGCCUUUGUUUAUAUGUCUAUUUAUCUCUAGGCGUAUUUGGUUCCAGAAAAAAGUAUAGCUCAGAGUACUUAUUGUAAUUCUUAGACUUUUUUUGUUUUUUUGUUGUCAAUUUGGAAAAUUUGGUUCCAUAUAUGAAACAUUUUUUAAAGUUAGAUAACAGUUUUUAGCAACAAAAAAUAAAGAUUCAUGAAUUGCUUGAAAUUGCAUAUUGGUAGUUUUACCCUAACACAAAUAUAAAGGUUUGGCGAAUGCUCGUGCUUUCAUUGUUGUGGUCUGUUUGAUUUUGGGGAAAAUAUGGGAAAAUAAAGGAAUUUGGAUUGUGAAUGUAGAGGUUUAAUCAAUAGGAGGAAAGGAUAUGUGGUUUGAUGAAAACUCGGUAUCUACUAUAUAUUUGCCAACACAGAGUUCUUGAUUUUUCAUUGUACGGAUUUUACCUCCGUUUCUUUUUCUUUGCAAAUCUUAGCCAAAAGGCCAAGUAAGGUAUUCUUUUCCUUUAUCUGUUCUUGACUCCUUGGUCUCUUUGGUUGCUGAGGAAACAUAGGAAAUGAUAAAGAAUAACCACAUGCAUCUUAGACACUUUUUAUUGUUUAGUAAUAUGACAUUUAUUCUCCUAUGCACCUUUCCAUUCUUUGCCUUGGUAUUUACAUUAGGUCACCUUUUUUGUAAUUUAUUUUCAUAAUAUGUCGUGAAAUUUUUUUUAUAUAAAAAUUUUCCCUUAAAAGUCUACCAGAAGAUGAGCGAGGAUUUUCAACUGAAGGGUUGUUUGGUUGCUCAGAAAAAAAGAAAACAAAAACAAAAAAAAAUUCUUUUUCAUGCUAUGUUGGAGAAAAUUAUAUGGUAAUUUGGCUGAGCAUAAUUUAAAUGAUUGACUUAUUUGGUUGACUUUAUUGUUUUUUAAUAACAGGAGUAACUAAAAAUCAUAAUUUUCAAAAUUUUAUAUUCAUUUCUUUUUGUCAGUUUUCUCAGCUACCAAAUGGAGGGUUAGGUAUUUUGCAAAUAUUUAUGUGCAUUGAAUGGGGUAUGAAUUGGCGGAAGAGUGUGCAGAUGAUGAUGAUGCAAAGGUUGCGAUUUCUCUGUUGAGGAAUGCUGUUCGGGUGGAGCUGAAAAUGCAUGAUUCAUUUGUGAAGGAAUGGGGUUUACAUGGUGCUAAAAAGGCCGCUAUCAAUUCUGCAGCAGCAAAGUACAUAGAUUUCUUAUUGGCAACAGCCUCUGGAAAAGUUGGAGGAGUUAAAGGCCCUGGUAAACUUGCAACCCCAUUUGAAAAAACCAAAGUUGCCGCUUACACCCUUGGUGCUAUGACUCCUUGCAUGAGACUAUAUGCCUUUCUAGGUAAGGAGUUCAAGGCACUCCUAGAUCCCAAUGAAGGCAGUCACCCAUACAAGAAGUGGAUUGACAAUUACUCUUCUGACAGUUUUCAGGCCUCAGCUGCGCAAACCGAAGAGUUGCUCGAUAAACUAAGUGUCUCUUUGACAGGCGAGGAGCUUGACAUCAUCGAAAAGCUUUAUCACCAAGCAAUGAAACUUGAAAUAGAGUUCUUCUCUGCUCAGUCCCUUGUUCAGCCAACCAUAGUUCCUCUGAUCAAAGAACAUAACCCUGCAAAAGAUCACCUCAUGAUAUUUUCUGAUUUUGAUUUGACUUGUACAGUCGUUGAUUCAUCUGCCAUUUUGGCUGAAAUUGCAAUAGUAACAGCACCAAAAUCUGAUCAACAUCAAUCUGAAAAUCAGAUUGCUCGGAUGUCAUCAGCUGAUCUCAGGAAUACAUGGGGCCUUCUUUCCAGGCAGUACACAGAAGAGUAUGAGCAGUGCAUAGAAAGCUUUGUUCCGACUGAAAAAGUGGUGUUUGACUAUAAAAGUCUGCAUAAAGCACUUGAAAAACUUUCAGAUUUUGAGAAAAAGGCAAACAAUAGAGUUACGAAGUCUGGAGUACUCAAGGGUCUUAAUAUUGAGGAUAUAAAAAGAGCUGGUGAACGUCUCAUUCUUCAAGAUGGUUGUAUUAAUUUCUUCCAGAAAAUUGUCAAGAGUGAAAACUUGAAUGCAAUUGUUCAUGUUCUUUCAUACUGUUGGUGUGGCGAUCUCAUCAGGUCAGCCUUUUCAUCAGGGGAUUUACACGAGCUGAAUGUGCAUGCAAAUGAGUUUACCUUUGAAGAAUCCAUCUCUACUGGUGAUAUUGUUAAGAAGGUGGAGUCUCCUAUUGACAAGGUUCAAUCUUUCAAAGAUAUUUUAAAAAAUUGCCGCGAUGACAGAAAGAACUUGACCGUUUACAUUGGAGACUCAGUGGGUGACAUACUUUGUCUGCUUGAGGCAGAUAUAGGAAUUGUAAUUGGGUCAAGUUCAAGCCUUAGGAGAGUGGGGACUCAGUUUGGUGUAUCUUUUGUUCCAUUGUUUCCUGGGUUAGUUAAGAAACAGAAAGAAUUCAUAGAAGGAAGGUCUUCUAAUUGGAAAGGGUUAACUGGCAUUCUUUACACAGCGAGUAGUUGGGCUGAAAUACAUGCCUUCAUUUUGGGGUAUUAGUUUUUUGUUUUUUUGUUUGUUUGUUCUUAUGCACUCAACUAUGUGCUUGGACAAAGGAAUCAUUCAUAUAUAGUGGAACACAGAUAAAAGUUGUUGUCGUGUCAAAAACCAAAGAUAAAAGUUGGUGGCUGAUUUUAUAAGGGCCACAGGUUUGCUGCUGUCUUGCCCUUUUUUCCUUCUCUUUUGUAAACAGGAGACCUCUUUGAGAAAUGUGAUGUUGGCGUCUCAGGGUGCGGUAAACAGGGUAUCGAGGGUUUACAGGCAGCAAGGAAUCAAAACAGAGAUUGUUAUAUCAUUUGUUCAUAUAAACAUUUCAAGUUCUGUAUCUGUAUUUUGAUAGCUGAUUGCUAUUCGAUAUUUUUGGGAUGAAUGGCAGUUUCAGAGUGUAUUUUCGGUGGUACCUAUGCCAUGUCCUAUUAUAAAUGCAGAUGCAGAGUUCAUGUUAAUGUUUGGAUGUUGCAACUUUCUUGACUA